GAACGUCUUCGACCAGGUAGUAUUUUUUCGAUUGUACUUGGGCCUCAUGCAUCUGACUUCGGCGAUGUCAUAAAAGCGCUGAAGACGAUUGGCGCAUCUCGACGCCGGUAUCGUCAUGACGAUCCGUAACGAAACCGUCCGUGUCUGCGCAUUUGCGAUGUGUUACAUUGGUGAUAUGCCUCAACAAGCCGAGAACUCCGGAUUCAAAGGCCCACGAGCACACAAGUUCUGCAGAUGCUGUUUCGCGGCCUCCGGCCAAUGCGCCGUCAAUCCCGAUGUCAUGCUCAAGUUCGAUCACAUCACUCACGGCCGGUUCCACAUCCAGACACUGGAGAUGCAGCAGAUGCUGCACCGCUCAUUGCAAACUGCCUCGGAGCGGAAACAAUAUUGUGCGCAAUGGGGGAUGGCUGAAGACAUUCCGGCACUUCCUCGCCUGUCACCGGCCCUUGAUCUGGUCAUGUCACGGCCCACCGACGCAGCACACUCUGAGUACAACGGUCUUGGCAACUUGAUGCACUAUCUCCUUCGGGAUGGCAUUCUUACAAAGUCAGCGCGCUCGGAAUAUGCUAUACAGCUCCGGACUUGUUGGCCCUUCCCACCGGGUUGGCCUCGUUUACAGUUCCCGGUUCACCAUCUAUCAAGCUACAAGAUGUCUCACCACGCGCAAUGGAUCGUCAUUAUCCCGGCCUUCCUCCUGAACUGGUUAAAGAGGGAGCAUAUUCGGCCAAGGUUUUGGGACCAAGCUAAGGAUUACGAGAAAGAUCCGAUCAAGCUGAUCAUCGAGACUACCGCUGCGAUUGCAAAGAGCACUACCGUUCUGAUGGGGGCCCGUGUGUCGCGUCGGGACCGUUACCUCAUGGGCGACAUCAUCUACCGGGCUCGGUACCUUUUCAACCAGCUUUGCCUAUUUGCAGCCGUGGCCUCGACCAGGUCGGCUGCUGCAUCGCAGGCAGGGACUCCGGGAGUCCAUGUUAUCGACGAGCCAGCUCUCCAAGACGGUGUUGCUGAUAAUUCCGGCGGGGCACUACAGUACCAGAACGACACAUUGCGCCCAAACAUUCAUGCCGCCGUUCAUUUCCCAGUAUUUGCCGAGGAAUACGCUUUACCUGUCAACUGCAACACACUCACAGGUGAGAACUUACACCGAAAACCCGAGACCGUUGGGCUUGGCCAGAUCUACAUGGCUUGAUGUUCAGGUCUUGUCGUAAGAUUGUCUGGCUAUGGUGCUUGUACUGAUGUUAGCACCAUGUCUGGAGAACGCCUACUAUCAAGCUCAAGAGUGUUGGACAGCGAAAUUCGUA